AUGGAGGCAGAGAUCAGUAAGCUGGAACUGGUGUUCCAGAAAGCUGGCUCUGACCUGGAUUACUUUCAAUACAGGCUGGAAUAUGAAAUCAAGACUAACCCUGAUACAGCAGUCAAUAAAAAUCCAGUUACACUCUUAAAGGGACUGUCAGCAAUAAAGUCUCAAUAUCAAACUUUGUAUGGAUGCUUUAAAUCAACUGCUGUAGAGCAGAAAGAGACUAAGAACUGCAUUUGUGCUACUGUAGAUAAGACUAUGACCAUGAUACAAGAACUACAAAAGCAAACAGACGUGGAGCUGUCACCACUGACUAAAGAGAAAACUGUGGCAGAGCAAUUAAAAUCUUUCAUAUCACACUUCUGA